AUGGUAGUGAAGAGCAAAAGUGCCGAUUUAAAAGAAGGACUUGGCGUUGCAAUUUGUGACCAGAAGGUUAACUUGUUGUUUAACGCUAAGGGACUUUUACACGAUCCAGAAAACAUCUCGACCUACAUGGAGGAUGAUGGGAUUAGGGCAAGAAGAAAUUUGUAUCCUCGUCAAGUUAAAAAAGAGUCUUGCCUUAUCUGUUUCGACGACAACAUUGAUCCUAAUCUCAUGUUUUCUGUUGAUAAUUGCGAUCAUAGGUUUUGCUUAAAUUGUGUAAAACAACAUAUAGAGGUUAAGCUUCUUGAUGGGACCACGCCGAAUUGUCCUCAUCAUCGAUGCAAGUCUGAGCUAUCAGUUGAUAGAUGUGACAAGCUUUUGAGUAACAAGUUGGUUUUGAUGUGGAAAGAGAGGAUUAAAGAGAGCUCAACUCCUUUCAAUGAGAGAAUCUAUUGUCCAUACAAAAGAUGCUCAUAUUUGAUGUCGAAAACCGUGCUUUCAGCAUCUGAUAAUGGAUCUAGAGUUAGGAUAUGCUUCAAAAAUCUGGUGGCUCCUUCUGUGUCCGUUGCAAAGUUCCUUGGCAUAACGAAUGGAACAGCCCCAACCAUAGAAGAGAUUGCGCUUCUUGGUUCAACCAUGAUAUGGUAG